CAGCGCGGCCGCGUACAACAUAGCCAUCUUGUCAGUAGUGAGUGAGGGAGGGAGGUGACUGUGGGCGCUGUUUAGAUCCUCGUUUGUCUCAAAGCGUGAGAUUUAACUGUGUUUCCUUCCUUCGACCGCAGCCAGCCUCACUGUCGGAGCCGAAACAGGAGGACCUCCAGCCGGGGAAGUGUGCAGGCACGACGGACUGCUUUCUGGAAGAUGUCUCGCAUACUUGUUCCGACGUAGGGGGAGUGUGCAGCCGCCAGUUGGCUUGACUUGCUAGCUAGCUCUGUGAGUGGAGGGCUGCGGGCCCUCCUCAGCCUCUACUAGCUCCUGCAGCUGGGCAGCACACUGUACGACAGCGGCCGCCUGACAACUGCACAGCCGGGAUAUUAGCAGGCCGGUCCGGACCCACCGAAACACCUCGGCUCGAUUCCCGCACAGGCGCUGGAUCGGGCGGCUGGUAGCGGCUUCUGAACUCGCAUCCGCCGGACAAGAAGACACGAAGUGCGGCGUUGCGCUAUGAGCUCAUGAAACGGAACAGGAGACCGAGAGAGGAAGAGGGAUGGCGCAGAUUCAUCUCGAUUACAGUUGAGUAAAAUAGAUGAAAGUGUGCUCUUUAACAUGAUCUAAUCUCCUCCAAGCUGCAACCAGCUCGUCCCUUUUCCACGGAGGAUAAACAUAGCCAUACGGGGGACUCGGAAUCAGGCUCUCAAUAUGUCGAAAAUGCCGGCCAAGAAGAAGAGCUGCUUCCAGAUCACAAGUGUGACUCAGGCCCAGGUGGCGGGGAUAGGUGCCGCGGACGACACGGAGAGUCUGGAUGAUCCAGACGAGUCCCGAACUGAGGACGUGUCGUCGGAGAUAUACGACGUGUCUCGGGCCGAGUGCGAGCCUACGGGUGACAGGAGUUCGUCAGAAGAAGCGCUGAACAACGUCGGGGAGCCGGAGGCGAUCAGCGCUGUGGCCCCAUCCCACAUACCUCAAGCCGGUCACUUGUCUGCGCUGUCAGGCGCUUCUAUUGGGGAGUUCCGUAAAGUGCCGGGCUCAGCUCAAGGUGGUCAGCUGCAGCAGGGCAUCGGCGUCACAACUGGUUUACCCAUCACCCCUCAGCCAGGAGCAGGGCAUCAUCAGCCUGCUCCAGCAUCCAGCGUGUCAGCAAACACAUCCCAACCUGCUGCUCCUUCUCCUGCCACCUCCACGGUGAGUUGCACUUCACGCUUCAGGGUCAUCAAGCUCGAUCACGGUACUGGAGAACCCUUCCGGAGAGGCCGGUGGACGUGCACAGAGUUUUAUGAGAAAGACUCCGAGGGCUCUGGCGUUGCUAGGACUAUAGACAGCAUCAGGCAUGCCAGUGCAACAUUGGACCCAGCUGCAGACAGAGACAGUGGGCUCAGCCUCACGGGGGUCUCUGUGGCUUCCUCAGGUCAGGGCUUGGGCUCUGUGGCAGAUGCGUCUCUCCCAUCAUCUCGCAUGCAUUCAGUGGAGACACUUCCACAGCAACAGCAAAUCCAUCAUCAAAACUUCAGCGCCCGACAACAGGUUGUUAGUGGGUCCGCCGCACAGAGUGCUUUCUCCAGCAAGUCUACAGCUGUCCCCACUCAGCCAACAGUGGGAGGUCUCCAACCCUCUGCCCCCCAGAGCGUGCUGCCAGUCGGACUUAAUGGUUUGCCUCAAUCUGGUAUCAUCAUCCAAAAGUCCCCCAUCAUGCCUCCCGCAGCCCAGCCCAGCACUUACCCUCCUCCACAACAGCAGCUUCCCAUUGGCCACCCCUUGACGGGCCAGUCACCUGGACUCUUGCAGAACCAGGCGGAGUACUAUCAGCAGCAACAGACUGCUUCCAUGCAGCCUGGGCUUUCCAGCAGCCAGUCCCUCUCAGCCGGAUUGCAGCCUGGGAGCCAAGGGCCAGCUUCAGUCAUUCCUCCACAGGGGGGAUCUGUACCCACUGGACAACCAGCUCCGGGCCUCUUGCAGCAGCAGACUGUAGGAAUGGGAGGUGUCGGAGGCUCCAUACUGGUUGGUGGAUCCACUCUACAGCACCAGAAUGUGAGUCCGUAUGCCGCCGCUGGACAGCCACAACCCCACGGUCUCCACCCUACAUCCUCCAGUGUGCAAAAUGUGCCUGCCAUGGCAGUGAGCGCCAGUGUGCCCCCCACUGUGCCCACCGCUGUGCCCAGUGCCUCCAGUGCAGCCAUGCCAAAUGUGACAGCUUCCAGUUUGCCUCUGGGUCAGAUAGCCCACAGUAAGAAUCCACUGGCGUUUGGGGCGCAGUUUCUCUCAGCACCUGGAUUUGGACAGUUGGAGGGUGGUGGAAGGAAGUCAGAGGGUCUCGUCAACGCACAGUCUCCUGGUGUUUCUGGGAAAGAACCAGUGAAGCCCCUCAUGCCUGAAAGCCUGCAGCUCACCUCUCCAUCUGUCAACAGCCUGUUUGGAAUCCACAUACCUGUCGACGGGGAGGAGGACAGUGCCUCUGGAACCAAUGUUGCCAUUGAUAAUAAAAUAGAACAGGCUAUGGACCUGGUGAAAAGCCAUCUGAUGUAUGCAGUGCGUGAAGAGGUGGAGGUCUUGAAGGAACAGAUCAAGGAGCUGUUUGAGAGGAACUCUGUGCUGGAGCGGGAGAAUGCCGUGUUGAAAUCCCUGGCCAACAGCGAGCAGCUGUCUCAGCUGUCCACCCAGCCGGCCGCCAGCUCGGGCGCCACGCCUCCUCAGCAAGGACUCAGCCAUCCUCAGCAACAGGCCCCACCUCCGCUUCAAGCUCAAGUUCCAGUUCCACCACAGUCACACCCCCAGGUCCAGCAGCACCCCAAACCCCAGCAGCUCCAGACUCAGCCCCAGCUCGACCCAGGCCAACAACAACAACAACUGCAACCCAACGUCACCUCUGCUUGAAGUACAUCUGCCCCAUGCGACGCAAAAGGAGCAUCUUCUCUACAGCUUAUUACAGUUAGUGUAUGUGAAAAUAAAAAGAAGAAAAAAAACUUUGUCUUCUUAGCCACCAGCUUGACCACAAAGUACAGUGCUUGUGUGUAUGUGUGUGUGUGUGUGCGUGAGGGUGAGUUAGCAGGAAAGUGUGAAUUUGGCGUUGGAAUGUGUAUGCAUCUGUACUGUGGGCCUUUCCAGUGUUAAUGCAAUCAUCAAGAGAGACAGAGACGAAGAGACUUGGACAGAGGAAGUGUGUGUGUCGAGAGUGUGCAGGAAGGUUGGGGUGGUUUCAUCAUCUCGGGUCGACCGCUGGUUCCAGGCUCACACAGACAACGUCCUGUCUUGGACCGGGCCUCGGAAACGACCUGCGACUGGACCUGAAAUCUGCUCUAUCUGCGGGUGUGGAAAGGGAGGAGUACACCUCGAAUGAGGGACAAAUGAGAGUGAUUGUCAAAAAAAAAAGAGUGAUUAUUUUUUUAAAUGAGACAAUUGGGUGGGUAAAGAAUUAUUUUUAGCCUUGCUGUUUCAUGUAAAGUAAGAAGUGGGAGAGAGUCUGCUUUCUUUUUGAGCGCCACACCGCUGCCGUUACUUUCACAUCAAGUCCAACUCUUGCAUCGCUCAUCAGAGUCCUACUGUUAAGUGUUUUAUUUAUUACGGGGCUGCUAUUUUCAUUCAUGAACAAUUUCACGAAACCAGUAGCCCUUUGACUUUGUUCCUCUUUUCUUUUACAGUGUUCAGCAGUUCGGCCAUAUGUCCCGGGGGCGAUGCUUUAUAUUAGGCAAGAAUGUUGGCAAAAACCGAUUCUGACAAAUGUUUAACACUAACUCAGAUUUUUACGCUGCGAUCGCCUGUUCAGAGCUCAAGUCCAGAUCCAGAGGGUACAUUUUUGUUUAGUAUAAAGCGUCGUGACUCCAGUCGACAUCAAAUCUAUAAGUGAGCCUGCACACAACAUUUGAAGAUUUGAUUCUGUCUGUAGUUUAUAUAAAAGUGAAUUAGUAUUGCCACAUCCCCCCCCUCCUUAAUUUUUUUUUUCCUCCAUUGUUUUUCCUGAAGGGGGCCUGGGGGGAAAAGCUGUGAAAUCAUUCAUCCUACUUUGUAACCAAAGAUGCAAAGCUGUGUAAAUGGAUUAUUUUUAAAUGCACACAUGUAUUUUUUUUGUUUUUGUUUUGUUACUUCCUCUUUCACAGAAUCUUUUUUGUUGCUGUUCGGCAUGUUCUGCAUGAUCUGUAAUCUUCAAACCACUUUCUUACCUCAUUUUUAUUCAGCACUCUUAUUGUAAGAUACUCUGUGAACAGUGUAAAUGGGGGGUAAAAAAAACGAUGUGGCACAGAAAGAAAAAAAACAAACAACCUAGUGUUAUUGACACUAGUCACAGAAAAAUGAAGUGAGCCAUGUUUUGUUCAUUUAAAUGGUGUUUGAAUUUCAUAUGCCAAUAGUUUUGUUACAUUGCAAAUUUUAAUGUAUUUAAAUAAAAGCAAUAUUCAGAUUCCAUAAUUAUGCCUGUUUAAAUUAAAACCUGUUAAUUCUUAGGACAUUUAAAACAAUGUACUGUUGUUGAAUGUGGCUCAACUUCCUCUUGACAACCUGUUGUAUUUCAAUGCAUCCUCAUUCUACUCUGCUUAAACACAAAACCCAUAUGAGGAGACAGAGCCAAAUGCAAAGAGUGUGUCUGAGUUUUGUGUAAAGGUGAAAUGCUUCAUAUGUACAUGUGAACGCCCGACGUCUGUAAAUCAACAUGUUGGUGGUGAGCUAAUACUUCACAGGCAGCUGCUUGUUUGAUGACAAGAGAAGAUGGAGAUCUGGGACAUGUUCGUCAUCAGUGUGCUGUAGACUGAUGUCAGGCAAAUAUCACAUUUUAAAGAGAGUCAUUUAUUUGAAGAAACAUUACAAAACUAUUCUCAAAAAAAAAAGAAAACGGGAACAUACGUGCCACCCACGCAAA